GGCGCGGUCCUGGCGGGAGGGCCCUGGGCGCCGGAGGGCCCUGGGCGCCGGAGCCCCCGCGGGGUCCGCAGCCUCCCUCGCCGCCGCCGCCGCCGCCGCAGCCGCCUCCCGGGCUCGGUCCAGAAAGCGGCGCCGCCGGGGGGCCGUCUGGAGAGGGCCCCGGGCCCCCAGGGCACAUGGUAGUGCUCCGGGCCGGGCUGUGCCCGGGCCUCACCCAGGACAUGGUCCAGCUUCUGCGGAGCCGCGGGAUCAAGACAGUGGUGGAUCUGGUUUCUGCAGACCUGGAGGAGGUAGCCCAGAAAUGUGGCUUGUCUUAUAAGGCUCUGGUCGCCCUGAGGCGGGUGCUGCUGGCUCAGUUCUCAGCUUUCCCGUUCAACGGCGCUGAUCUCUACGAGGAAUUGAAGACCUCCACUGCCAUCCUGUCCACCGGCAUUGGAAGGUUUGUCCUGGACAAACUGCUCGAUGCUGGUCUCUAUACUGGAGAAGUGACUGAAAUUGUAGGAGGCCCAGGUAGCGGCAAAACCCAGGUAUGUCUUUGUGUGGCCGCAAACGUGGCCCAUGGCCUGCGACAGAACGUCCUGUACAUCGAUUCCAAUGGAGGCCUCACAGCCUCCCGCAUCCUCCAGCUACUUCAGGCCAGAACCCCGGAUGAGGAGGAGCAGGCAGGAGCUCUCCAGAGGAUCCAGGUGGUGCGUGCGUUUGACAUCUUCCAGAUGCUGGAUGUGCUGCAGGACCUGCGAGGUGCUGUGUCCCAGCAGGUGAGCAGUUCUUCAGGGACUCUGAAGGCGGUGGUUGUGGACUCCGUCGCCGCAGUGGUCGCCCCACUUCUGGGAGGUCAGCAGAGGGAAGGCUUGGCCUUGAUGAUGCAGCUGGCCCGAGAGCUGAAGACCCUGGCGCGGGACCUCAGCGUGGCAGUGGUGGUGACCAAUCACAUGACCCGAGACAGGGACAGCGGGCAGCUCAAACCUGCCCUGGGACGCUCCUGGAGCUUUGUGCCCAGCACCCGGCUUCUCCUGGACACUGGCCAAGGCGCAGGAGCAUCAGGCAGCCAGCGCAUGGUGUGCCUGACCAAAUCUCCCCGUCUGCCAACAGGUUUCCAGGAGAUGGUGGACAUCGGGACCUGGGGAACCCCAGAGCAGAGCCCAGCUUUACAGGGAGAUCACUUAUGACUGUACUGUUGAUUGAGACAAACUCUCAUGUUCAGUAAUGCCUGCUGUUCGCUUCUGGCAGCCCUUGCGGCUGCAGAGAAGCUCUCGGGCUGGACGGCCAUCUCCGUCCUCAGUUCCUCUCCGGAAACACAGUGCUACCGGCAAGAGAGGAUGCUAUUGUGGAAGAACCCAGAAAUUCAUGCUGAUACCAGGUUUUCUUCUCUUGUUCCUACCACAUGUUUCCAGUGGGAGCCGAGUCCACUGGCUUGGGCAUCUCUGAAGAGGCACUCUGUAACUGGACGGAUAACCCUGUGCGUCACCAUCCUGCACUGCAUCCUAACACAGUGACUCAGCCUGAGGCCUCUAGCUCGCCUUUGCCUCCCUUCUUUUUUUUUCUUUUGCCUCUGUUUUUCCAUCUGUAAGAUGGGGCUCCCUUUCCCUUAACUCUCUCUUUGAGUUACCAGGUGGAAGUAACCUUGUAAAUGCAAAGCUCUUCUUUAUCUAGAUCCUGCUCUUAAAAACAUACAAAGGAAAUUCGCUGAACCCCAGAGCCAUCUAUUUCACAACCCCCCCCCAAGGUGGUUUUUCAGUUUCCCCCAGUGAGGUCCCCUGAGAACGGUUAUCCCUCUUUCCCUCUUGACGAUGUGGUUUCACACACCUGCAUGCAUCGCCGUGACCAGGUGAGACCGGGAGCUCGCUGUCGUCCCAGGAUAUAAUUUAACAGGAAGGGAAGAUGUGACCUGGUUCCGGUGAAUCCAGCCGCUUGUUUAAUGUGCAUGGUGCCCUGUGGGGCCCCUCCAGAGUGUAGAGUAACCAGAGGUGCUGAACCAUGGCCUUGCCCAUAAACAGAUACAGGAGAAUUUGCACAGUAAAUAGAGCCAGCUGGGAAAAUCGAUGCUGGCAUAAAUAAUACAUGGCAAAUCUAGUCCUUUAUGUAGAAACUCAUUGCCAGUGGCUCCAAGAUGCAAUAUAAUUACCCCUCUCUUCCUGCCAGCUGUACCACAGCUUGGUGCCCUAGCGUAUGAAAUAACCCCCCUGUCUGUUACGGGCACUGUGGCCAUCCAUGUGCGAGCUGUAACCCUGGCUGGGCGGGGAGGAGGACACCAGGGAAAGGGAAAUAAAAGACAAAGGAGAGAAAUGAUCAGGAUUGUUUACUGACCACAGUUUUUAAAAGAAGGUCGCCUUUCUCGGUUUGAGAGCCUGCUGUGUAAUUCAUUAGUUGUGUCUGGGCUGCAAGAAGAGGGGUCAGAGUUACAGGCUGAAGAUAAUGACAUUUAGAGGUGAUGAACACAGCAGGAAUAAAAGCAAGAAGCCUGGAGGACUGGGAACAAGUGGGUAUCUUGUUCCCAGGGUAUCUGGGAGGGUAUCUGCCUGAGGGAGGACAGGCUUGGUGAGCCGAAGACUGGAGGAACCCUGGUGGUGCAGCUUCACAGACUCCCAGGAGAAACAAAUCUUCAGCAUCCUUACACCAGGAGCGGUUGGCACAUAACUGCAACUGUAGUAGGAAACAAAACGUUAAGCUGGGAGUGGCACAUCCCUGUCCCUUGUACCAUUUGGGCAUCCUGAGCCCACACAGACAUCACCAAUCAAGCAUUCUUUUUUGCAGAGCUCAGAGUCUUUUGCAGUUUUGGUUUUUCUCCACACGGCACUCCAGGCAGCCACAGCCAGUCAGUUGGAAUUGGCUUUCAAGGUGGAGCUUGGUUGCCAUCUCUGCCCCGAGCAGAUGGGUCAUGUUUCCUGUAUGUGGUAUCAGGUGCUUUGUCCUUGACUCAGGACCCUACGAUAGUGCUGUUUGAGAGGCCUAUGAAGAUCACAUGCCCUGGACUUCCCUGGUGCCGCAGUGGUAAAGAAUCCAUCUGCCAGUGCAGGAGACACCAGUUUGAGCCCUGGUCCAGGAAGAUCCCACAUGCGGUGGAGCAACUAAGCCCGUGAGCCACAACUCUUGAGCCCACAUGCCACAGCUACUGACACCCACGUGCCUAGAACCUAUGCUCCUCAGCAAGAGAAGCUGCUGCUCGCCACAACUAGAGAAAGCCCGUGCACAGCAAUGAAGACCCAAUACAGCCAAAAAUAAAUACAUCUUAAAAAAAAAAAAAAAUCAUAUGCCCCAUCUUGUCAUUUAACAGAGAAGGAAAUUGAGGCCCAAAGAGGAGAAAUGACAGUCCCACUGGCAGAACAGGGGCUGGAAUCCAGGACUCUUGAUUCCUCAGCCAGGACUCUGUGUCCACGUUACCUUUAGUUUCCAAUCGGCACAGUUCUGUCCUCAGUGGGGGCUUGCUCUAGCCAGGCAGCCUCUCUGGCCGCAAGAAGGCACCCCAUUCACUGCUGCCCCAGACCACCCGAGACAUUUCUGCAGGACU